AUGAUUCGCACCGAGAGGCGCCGGGACGGCCCCAGAGGAAGGAGGGGAAGGGAGGGGGGGGCUCAGACUGCCGCGGGGCCGCAGCCCCGUCCCUCUGCCCCCUUCCCAACCCCCCCUCCCGCCCCGGCAGAAGGAACAGCACCGCCACGCACCGACGGUACCGCGGCAGCCACGAACCCGGCACCGAGUCCCAGCUUUCAGCAGGAAAAGAAAACCGAGCCACGACCCGAGGGCGGAACUGUCGGUGACGAUGCUACGUUUGCUUUGGUUUGGGCCUCUUUUCAUUACUUUGGUUUCUUUCCCUUUUCCCUUUGCUUGAGAGACGAGGACGGCGGUGCUUUGGUGGGGAGGGGAGGGCCGGUUGGGUCGGGGAUGGAUUUCGUGGGUUCGGAUUUAUUUUUGUUAUUAAUUUAUUUAUUAAGUAAUUUAUUUAUAUUUUCCUCGAAUGCGCUUUUUCGCGAGGCUUUGCCCACGGCUCUGUCUGUGCUGAGCCCUGAGAGCCGCCGCGCUCCUUUGUGCGGUUCCCCCUCUCUGUGCGGUUCGCCCCUCCCCGCACACCCCCUUCCCCCUCCCCCCCCCUCCUUCCCCGGCCCCGUUCCCUGCGGGAUAGGCCUGCGGGAGGGGAUGGGAGAGGAGCGGGUAGGGGUUCCACCCGUGGGGUGCGCGCAGCUCCGUGCGGCCGCGGCUCUGUCGGCCCCCUCCCUCCGCUCCCAUCCGGUCCCACUGCGUUGGGGCAGGGACGGCCCUGGAGUGCUGCCCCCGAGUCCCUGUAGGAGUUUGGGGGCUAUGGCACCGGAUGGUAGUGGGGGGGAGGGUGGUGGGGUGCAGAGGGGAAGCGAGGAGGCAGAGUGGCAUUUGUUUCCGAGGGGCUGCGGGCAAAAGGAACAACGUAAUUUGGACUGAAAAGUCGUUCACUGGGAGUAACAACCGUUGGGUAGGGGAUGGAUUCUGUGUGUGUGUGUGGGGUGGGGGGGGGGGGGGGUCAGUUUGCACUGUGACAGCCUCCCGGAUUGCAGGAGGUAGUAUUCUGGCAAUCCCGAUGCUGACACCAAUAGUCAGGGUGCAGCGUUACGCGAAUGAAAAAGUGAAAUAGAACGAAACGAUCAGACCUCGUUAGGUAGAACUGAGCGCCGGAGCCGGGGCAGGGGCAGGGGCAGGGCCGGCUGUUCGCGUCUGAGCAGGCAGGAAACCCUGAAAACAACCCCCCCCCCCUCACACCCCAUCCCUCCCCAUUUAAAACAAAACAAACAAUAGCCUGAAAUCGUGCACGCCCCGAACGAGGGAAAGGGGAAACAAGGCACAGAGAGAGCCGUGACAGAGCUUCGGCGUUAUUUAUUUAUUUAACUACUUAUUUUAUUACGACGAUUAUUAAUAUUAAUAUAAUUAUUAUGAUUUGGUGUAUCAUUGUUUGCAGCGCAAACAUUCUAUGCAUUCUGAAACUGAGCACUAACUAGAAUAGCGUCUGGUAGAACCUUUGUGGAUGGUGUGAUCUCACAGUCUGACUGCCUGUUUUCACCGGGGACACCAACAUUCUUGUCACGUUCUUGUAUUUAGAUUUAAAAGAGGGGGGAAAGAAAAAAAUUAAAAAAAAAAAUAGGGAAAAAAAAAAGAGAGAGAGAGGAAGAGAGAGAGAGAAGAAAGACGAUUGUAAAUAUUUUCUUUAAUGCACAGAAAACAAAACAAACAAACAAACAAACAAACAAAAAAGGUGACAAACUGCAACCACGUGUGGAUCCUGAGAUGUCUCACGAAUACGCUGUCCGUGUGCGUCUGCUGAGCUUUCUCCUUGGUUGUGUCCUUACUCCGUUUCUUUCGUUUCCAUCAGAAGUAUUUCCGUACGCCAAAAUACAACGGGGAGAUGCGUCCCAGCAUACUUACACAUAGAACAAACGUGGAAACAGAAUAGUUGUUAUUAUUGGGUGCAUUGGAAAAAUAAUCGUGAUAAUAGUAUUUCCGAGACACGGCUGCUAAAUUGAAGGUACGGCCGUGGGCCGAUGGGAGUAAUUCUACCAAAAAAGAAAAUAGUGAUGAGAGAUGUAUUUUUCUGCUAAAUCCAGAAAUCCUUACUUUGAGAUAGCUCUUAUGUGAAAAUCGGUGCUCCGAAUAAAAUGAACUAUAUAUUAAUUA